GGGGGCUCCCAGAGGGUCCCAGGACAGAGCAGUGCUCACCAUGCCAUCCAGCGUCACCCUGCUCCUCUUGAUGGGGCUGUCUGUGUGCACCGCGGCAGAGAAUGGUGGAGAGGAACUGACACUCGGCGCUGAAGCAGGACCCUGGGUAACCGUGACCCUGGAGGCAGGCGCUGUCGCCAGCAUUCAGCUCCAGCUGCAGGAGGUGAAGAGGGGCAAGGCAAGCCAAUUCUUCGGGCUGAUGGGCAAGCGGGUAAGAGGCUAUCAGGUGGGACAAAUGGGCCUCCUGGACAGAAGAGGAUCAUCCACAAAAGGCCGCUUCCUGUCCCCAGGAGGGCCCCUGAAAUACCGCCUCCCUCCCUUUAGAGGAGAGCCCGUGUCGCAGAGGACCACAAAUGAGAACCCCAGCGGUGGCAGAAGAGCCUGCAAUCUUGGCGUCUUAGACAGCAGAGUGGACGAGGACCACGGGGCCGAGUGA